CCCAAUAAAUUGUCUUUUCUUUUAAGUUGUCAAUUUAAAAUUGUUUAAUUUAAAUAUUUGUAUUAUUUAUAUUUCCAAUUUUUCUCUUUUCAAUAGUAAUGUUGUGUAUUUUUUUUAACAAUAAUUAACUUGUAAUUCUUGAUAUUUCAAUGAGUAACAAUGAUGAAUGUUAUCAACGAAUUGAAUGCAUUACAUUUAGACACUCUUAGUGACGAAUGGGUACAGGCAAUUUAUUAUUCAGAGUUUCUAGAAUUUGGUGAUAUUCCCCCUGAAUAUGAAAGUAUAUUGGAGUCACUUGAUAUUAAAGCAGUAUUUCAAAGUAUAAUGAAAUCUUUUGAUGACUGGCUCAAUACAACAAAUUCUGAUGAUAAAUCUUGGGCUACACUCUCCAAUCAUGUGAUGCAUGAAAAACUGCUCGCUAUUAUAGCUUAUCACAUUGACUAUGGUAGUAGAAAUAUACUAACUAAGGAAUACAGAAAUAAUGCCUUGCUAGCAUCUCGUUUAUAUUACAAAUUAUUAUUUGUACCUGGAUAUAAAGCAUACCAUAUUUAUCAUUCUCAAUUAUUUGCACAUUCUCUUGGCUGCCUUGGCUUCCCAAAAGCGAUGUGUGAUAAUGAAGAUAGCUAUUAUAACACAAAAGAGCUAACAAGAGAAGUUAAUUCGGUCAUAAGGGAAUUAAGACACUUUGUUCUUGAUUUGCAAGCUAUAAUAAAAAAUUUACAACUAAACCCUAAUGACAUGAACUUUGAGGACAUUUUAAGUAAUUUAGUUGAUAUAACUGGAGGUGCCAUUGUUAACAAACUGAAUGUAGACAAAAUUGAACUAGGGAAUAUAUCUAGAGUAAUUUAUGAGUUGAUAGAUGUAUUGAUAUGUGAAGCCAAUGGAGAUCCAAAUAAAAAUGCAAUACAAUUGGUGUUCAAAUGUAUUCUUCCAAAAUUAGUAGCAGCAUCAAUGGACUGUAGGAAUGCUAAUAACCUUAUAAGAGCAUCUUAUGUCACAUAUUCUGGUUUACUUCUAAGUAGAUAUGGGAAAUCAGCAUUACCUGGAUACACUAUAUUACUGCAACAUCUGUGCUAUACUUUAGAUGGUUUGGAGCGUGCAGAAGUUCGCGCAGCUCGUGUUUCAUUAAUCAUUGGAUUAAUGAGUUUACUUCCCCAGAAGUCAUAUAGUAACUUUGUUAAAUGGAUAAUAAAACUGUCCACUACUUCAAAAGUCUCCCAUCGUCAAAUUGCAAUGGAAAUGCUCUCUAAAUUACUGAGUAAUGACCCUGAAGAAGCUAAAUCUAAAGAACCCGUGAUGGAGACAGACAACUCAGAUAAUUCAUUGCAACCUACUACUGAACAGCAACCCCAAAAUGAAGCUCUUGAUGAAAUGCACAAAAAUCCAGUAGACAUAGCUGAUAAUCAACUGGCAGCUAUGUCAACCGAUGAUGAAAACAGCCAAAAGUUACCGAGUGCAGAGAAAGAAGUUGACGAGCAUGAAAUGACGGAGGAGGAGGUGGCAGAACUGCUGAGCGCGCGCGCACACACGGUGCCACUGGCCAGCCUGUUGCGUGCCGUGUACGAGCGCGUCGCCGAUGUUUCGGGCACGCUACGCACGCGGGCGCUCGUUAUGCUCGCCGACUGCCUCGCUAGCGACCGCCCCGCCAUGCAUCAAGCGAUCGAGGAGUUGAACGGGACUGGAGCGGUGUCGCGACUGAUGGCUGUGAGCGCGCGCUGCGUGUCCGACGAGCGUGCUGCGGUGCGGCGCGCCGCCGUAGCGCUGUUGCAGCGUCUGCUGGCGCGCCGCUCGCCGCCGUCCGCCGCCGAUCUAGGGAUUCUUGUGGGUCUGUGUCGCGACGCGAGCAUCCUGGUGCGAUCGGCAGCAAUCACCGCACUUGGCGAACUUGUCGUACAAUCACCUAGUGACCCUAUGAUUGACGCGUUCCUUUCUGGACCCAUGCAUCAACUGUCAGACCCCGAAAAUAAGGUUCAAGAGCAGGUAGUCAAUCUCAUACAACAAAUAUUGAUCGAUCGUCUGCAGAAGUAUGAGAUCACAGACAUAGAAGACCCUUUGCCUUGGAUGUUCCUUGCUGGCAUCACCCGCCACAACAUGCGGAGACACCUCCAGAAGGCCUGCACCUGUUUGACUAAAAGUUCUAAUUGCAUCAAUCACCGGCUGGUAGACAUGUUAAGCACGCACCUGGGGACUGCGAGCGACGAGCGCGACCUACAUUGUCUGGUGCUACUUACAAGCAUCGCGCGCUUGGUCGACUACUCGGACAUCAGUUUUGUACUCGACUACUAUUACAAACUUGCUGAUGACACGAAGUGGCGCGACGCGCGGCUUCUGCCGCUGGCGCUGGAGCUGGCGAGCGUGUGGGCGCGCUGGACGGCCGCCGCAGCCCGCCACGCGCUCCGAGACCACCUCGUGCAGCGACUCGCCGCCGGAGACGCAGACGGAUGCCGCAUCGCGUGUGCUGCUCUUGCCGCGCAGUUAGAUCCUGAUAAUCUACAAUGGGCAACUGAAUUAAUGCAAUUAUCGGAGAAACAAGCUCUGGAGGGUGGACCAGGUGGCGAGAUGGAGGAGUGGAUGCGAGCGGCAGACUUGUCAUUAGUGGCGCCGGUGCCACCGUCUUCUAGCUUACUCAAGCUCUUCCUUGACGCUCUCUCUGAUCCUCCACCAGCGUGGGGCCCGGAGCAGCGCGGCGCGUGCGUGGCGGGCGCGGGGCGGCUGUGCGUGCGGUCGCGGACGGCCGCCACCGCCGUCGCGCCGCGCCUCGCCGCGCUGCUGCCCGACGCCGCCGCGCCGCUGCCAGCUCGCAUCAACGCGCUACUCGCCCUCACAGACAUAUGCACCAGAUACACGUGCAUCGUGGAGCCGCUGCUGGAGACGGUGUGCGGGUGCGUGGCGGCGGAGGCGCCGGCGGCGCUGCGCAGGGCGGCCGCGCGCUCGCUCACGCGGCUGUUGCUGGCCGGGUUCCUGCGCCUGCGCACGCCGCUUUACUAUCGAUAUUGCGCACUACUGGCGGACGACGACCACGAUGUACGUGAGCCGGCGGAGUACUACGUCACCAGCUGCCUCACCGCCGAAACUAUCUACUACCACUUCGUCGACUGUGUCUUGCAUUAUAACAAAGAAGGGAAUGAGAGCAUCACGUUCGACGCGCGGCAGCUGAUCUACGACGUGAUGCUGCAGCGACUGUCGCUGGUGCAGAAACUGAACGUGCAGUGCCGGCUGGCGCGAGAGGUGCUGCAGCACGCGGCCGACUCGCUGGACGAGGCCGAUGACCUUCCGCCAGCGCUAGAAGCCGCGCUGCUCGAUGCCAUCACGCUGCUCUGCGGGCCCAGGAUGAAAUUACCAAAGAAACCACAAAACACGGGAGAUGCCGAUAUUGAUGACCUGCAAGAACGAGUCACUACUAAUAUCGUAUCUCAUAAAAUGAAACGCACGGUAGCGGAGGUGGUGGUCCCGUCGGUUCUGCAGCUGUACGCGCGUAUGCGUCCGCGCGGCGGACAGCUGAUCAUGUCCCUCGUGCGCAUCGCCACUGACCUGCUCAACGACUACCGUCACGAGAUUGAAGAACUGAUAGAGAACGACGAGGAGCUGGUGGAGCGCGUGCAGCAGUUCCAAGGGACGAUCGGCCUGGAACCUUCGUUCGGCAAUAUGCGUAACCUGGUGACGUCAUCGGCACCUCCUGAGCCAGACACCCCCCGCGCCCCGCGGCGACGCCCUCGCCCCGUCACCUACACCCCACGACCGCCCAAGAAACGGGCGCUACGUAUCUAGCAGCGAGCCGACACGCCGGAGAAGUAUUACUACGUGCAAUAAUAGUCAAGUCACGAGACCAUUCUCGAAACAAAUUUAAUUAA